AUGUCGAGUCCCAGUGACCAUGUAGAAGGGAAAAUGCAUAAUCUCGUGGUUUGCGGUGCUGUUGACGCACAGUCUCCCGCCGACGCGGCCCUAUUUGCAGAUUUCAUGGGUAUUUCGAUGACCCUCAGACAUGCUGCUCCGGGCGCUGAAGGAACAGCCCUCUCCUGCUUUCCGCUGGAUGAGCAUUGGGAUGUUCUGGAAACUAGAACUCCUCCAAUAACAACCAUCAAAUGGGGGAAAUUCUGGCCAAAUCAGACUCCAUUGUUUACAUACUCCAAGGCGCAAUCGAGAACAAGGAAUAACAAAUGGUUCGAAUAUGUCUGCCCUGAAGAUAUCCUUGAAAGAGUCACAACCUGGAUACAGGAUAAAGCUCAUAGCGUGGCCGAAAAUGACGUGGUAAACAUCUUUUUGGAAGCGCAUGGGGUAAUGAACGGGAAAAUAAAUCUAGGACCUAAACAUCUAGAAAUAUCUACAGUGACCAACUUACAUUCACAAUUCCCCACAAACUGUCAAGUAAACGUGGUUGGGUCCCACAGCUGCUCUGGAAGUUUGUUCAGGGAAAUCAGAGCCAGUGGCCAGAUAGCUCGACCUGUUGUUGCCGAUUGUGGGCCUGAGGAAUUUAUACACUUUACCGCCAUCCGUUCCGUGGGCAACAGGAUCAGGAACUUCCGUUCUUCGAUGCCCUUCGUUCAGUCUCUGGCGCGAGUCAACUUCCCGUGGCUGCCUCGGCAAGCCACUCCGCCUAUAUUCAUUGCUGAACAUGAAGCAUUCAUGAGAGAGGCAAUGCGGAGAAUUAUCCCGACGCUCUCACGUCCCUGUCAAGCCGACACUUAUACCUCCCAUUUAUCACCCAAGGCCCAGGCGUCGGUAACCCUAUUGGAAGCGUUGAUUUUGCGGGACCAUGUUGAUGUCGUCUUUUUCAAAGAAACCGUCCACAGAAGGCGACGUCCAGAGUGGCCUACCCUCGACCUACAACUAAUGGAACAGAUGCAGAGAACGGCAGCAGAGUGUGAUUUCGAUAAUGCAUUUAGGGAUGAUGGUCCGAUUAUGGGACGAUUAGAGUAUCUGAAGACCAAUAUGCUGGCAUAUUACGAGUUCUUUACCUUAGAACUGGCGGGGAUGAUAUCACAAGGAUGUGCAGAGCCAGAGCAACUGAUCGAAACCAUCCGUUAUACGGAGAUGCUUGGUUCAUUGCUCGAAGGUGAACUACAAAGAUUGCUUCGCGAGAACAACGGUGCUAUUUCGUUUGAGUACGACCCCCAAGAUGGUGGCUGGAUACUCGCCGCCACCGGCUGGUUCCUGGCUUCCCUAUGGGGUUGGCAACGAUCCCUCACUGAUUUCUGA